AUGGGAAUCAACAAGCCAUGUAUUCUCCUCAUGGUGAUUUCUGGGAUGGAGAGGUUUGCAUUCAAAGGGGUGGCUUCAAAUUUGGUAACUUAUUUAACUGAUGUUAUGAAGAUGAGCAAUUCCUCGGCGGCCAAGACUGUUAAUAGUUGGGUAGGUUUUACUUCGAUGUUGCCGUUGAUAGUGGCCACACUGGCAGACUCUUAUCUUGACAAGUAUUCUACAAUUUUAGCCUCUGCAGUUCUCUAUGUCGUGGGGCUUUCAGCAUUGACAUCAACGGCGAUACGCUGGUCUUGGAAUCCAAUGAAUAAAAUCAGUUCCUUUUCGUCCCUGUCUUGGUGUCUAUACAUGAUAUCGCUCGGCCAAGGGGGCUAUAAUCCGUCGUUACAAGCCUUCGGAGCAGAACAACUAGGAGAUGAUGACGGAUUACCUUGUACAAACAAUAAUGACCCGAGUUCCAAUAAGAAAAGUUUGUUUUUCCAGUGGUGGUACUUUGGUGUUUGUUGUGGAAGCCUCCUAGGUGUCUCGAUCAUGUCAUAUAUACAGGACACUUUAGGAUGGGGACUUGGAUUUGCCAUUCCCGCGAUUGCAAUGGUAGCAUCAAUCGCCAUGUUUUUGUGUGGAAACCGGUUUUAUACACGUAAGCAAGAGAGGAAUAUCGACGGCAAGUCAUUUGAAGAAAUAGUUCACGCGGUUAAAGCCACUAUAUCGAAGAUGAUCAAUCGACGGAAUAAACCAAUUAGGGAUUACAAUGUAGUCGAGCUAGAACUUCAGGAAAAAGCACUCCAUAGUCGAGAUCCCGAUGCCGUUGAAGGCUUUGGAGGGGAUUCGGACGAAAGUAUUCAUCCCGUUCGAGCUGCAAAAAUGGUACUCCAUCUCCUGCCAGUUUGGGUUAUGCUUCUUAUGUUUGCAGUAAUUUUUCAACAACCCGCAACAUUUUUUACCAAACAAGGAAUGGCAAUGAGGAGAAACAUUGGCUCGAAAUUCAAAAUCCCGCCGGCCGCACUCCAAAGUGCAAUAACCGUGUCGAUAAUUAUUCUGAUGCCAUUGUACGACACAUGUUUCAUCCCUCUGGUACGCGUUUUGACAAAAAACGAAAAGGGAAUCACCGUUAUGCAGAGGAUAGGGAUCGGGAUGUUCCUCUCGGUCAUAGCCAUGGUUAUUGCAGCUCUUACCGAAAGAAAGAGGCUUGAAAUCAGUAAAGAAAUGGUAUUAUUCGAAUCAAAAUCUGAAUCAGUCCCAUUUAGUAUCUUUUGGUUGCUUCCUCAGUACAUUCUCUUAGGCAUUUCGGAUAUAUUCACAGUUGUUGGUAUGCAAGAGUUUUUUUAUUCUGAAGUCCCUGUAAGAAUGAGGACUACUGGCAUUGCUCUAUACACAAGUGUCUUUGGGGUGGGAAGUUUCUUAAGUGCCAUUCUCAUAUCUCUCAUUGACUAUGUCACGAGUUCGAGUGGGUCGCAAAAUGGCUGGUUCUCCGAUGACAUGAACGAAGCUCGACUCGAUAAAUAUUACUGGUUCUUGGCUUUGUCGAGUGCAAUAAGCUUGUUAACUUUUGUGAUUUAUUGUAGUUUUCUUAAAAGUAGAACAUGA